CAGAGCAAAACCUUGGUGAAGUCGGUGCAAUUUUUCCUGCGCUUCUCACAAAAACGCGCCCUCACCUGGUGACAUUGAACUCUUGAAGCCAAAUUUCAAGAUGGCAGUCUCAGUGGCUAAGGAAGAGAUGGACUACACCAUCAAGCCUGAGGCUGGUGCAUCCAACAUCUCCACAGAAGAGUGGCCUUUGCUGCUAAAGAAUUAUGACAAGCUCAUGGUGAGGACCGGUCAUUUCACACCAAUUCCCGCUGGUUGCUCGCCUCUCAAGCGUGACCUGAAGUCCUACAUCAGCUCAGGUGUGAUCAACCUCGACAAGCCUUCCAAUCCAUCUAGUCACGAGGUUGUCGCUUGGAUGAAGAGAAUCUUGAGGGCGGAGAAAACUGGUCACAGUGGAACUCUUGACCCGAAGGUCACCGGUUGCUUGAUCGUCUGUAUUGACCGUGCGACCCGCUUGGUCAAGUCCCAACAAGGUGCCGGAAAGGAGUACGUCUGCGUCAUUCGUCUCCAUGACAAGAUUCCCGGUGGUGAGGCUCAGUUCAAGAGAGCUCUUGAGACCUUGACUGGCGCUCUCUUCCAGCGGCCUCCUCUGAUCUCUGCUGUCAAGCGUCAGCUUCGUAUCAGAACGAUCCACGAAAGCAAACUCUACGAGUUCGACAAUGAUAGACACCUUGGCGUGUUCUGGGUCAGCUGCGAGGCUGGAACUUAUAUUCGAACUCUUUGCGUUCACUUGGGUCUUUUGCUUGGUGUCGGUGCUCACAUGCAGGAACUUCGGCGUGUACGAAGUGGAGCUAUGGACGAGAACAAUGGCCUCGUGACUCUUCAUGACGUCCUGGAUGCGCAGUGGAUGUACGAUAACCAGCGGGACGAGUCUUACCUGCGCAGGGUCAUCCGACCUCUCGAGUCUCUUCUCACAACCUACAAGCGUAUCGUCGUUAAAGACAGCGCCGUCAAUGCUGUGUGCUAUGGCGCAAAGCUCAUGAUUCCUGGUCUCCUGCGCUUCGAGGCUGGUAUUGAUGUCAACGAAGAAGUUGUUCUCAUGACUACAAAGGGUGAAGCCAUCGCCAUUGGUAUCGCUCAAAUGUCUACUGUUGAACUUUCCACCUGCGAUCAUGGUGUCGUAGCUAAGGUCAAACGUUGCAUCAUGGAACGUGAUCUCUACCCUCGCAGAUGGGGUCUGGGCCCUGUAGCUCUGGAGAAGAAAAAGCUCAAGUCAGCUGGAAAACUGGAUCGCCCCGAAGAAGCUUCCGCUCAGGCUGCACCUGAAUUGACAGCUAAAAAAGACGUGGCUGCUGCCCCAACUACCGAACAGGACGAGGCGCCAUCUUCACCCCAGUCCAAGAUGGAUGUCGAUGAAACCAAGGAAGAGAAGAAACGCAAGAGGCAUGAGGGCGAAACACCAGAGGAACGUGCAGAGCGUAAGCGCAAGAAGAAGGAGAAGAAGGAAAAGAAAGAACGAAGAAAAUCCAAGCAGGAGAAGGAGGACAGUGAUGACAGCGACUAGACAUAUACUGGGACCUUAUUACUUGCUCGGAUAUCGGGCUUCCAUGGUUGGAAGACUUUGCUGCUGUGUAUUUGCUUCUCGAAUUGUCAUACGGGCACGCUGUCUGUACCUUACUUUGUUUCUUGUUUAUCGGAGUCUUGGGUUGAAAAGGGAACCAAUGUUAGUCUUUCUUGUAUCAUUUACAACGUCUGCUCUCAAGUCAGCAAUCACAGAAAGAGCCUUCACUGCAUCUCUCAUUUGUAAUAUGGUUCCACCAACGUGGGUAUCCAGGUAGCGUCUAUGAUUCAGGUAUCGUCCUGGAUUACCAGUGUACAGCUAUCUAUAUAAAAGUUACGUAUUACUUAUCUCCUCUUACUGGCGUUCGAUAAAGUGCUUUGCGUCUUUUACGUCGGUUGUUGGAAGGGC